UCGUAACCACGGCAAGUCUUGCGUCAAGUAUUAAAGCGAAAGGCACUUGCGUCCUUCGCAUGUGUUUACAUAAACUACAAAACAAAAGGGCGCUAAAGGGUGAACACGACAGUGUUUGUUUUUUUUGUUUUUGUUUUUUUUUGGGGGGGGGGAUACAUAACAUGGGUUCCCCUGCACGUUAAGAUUUACAUGGCCGACCAGUGGCAUGUAAAUCUCGUGCUUCACUAAUGAGCCAGCCUUCCAAAUGGAAAGGGCGCUUCAAUUUGGAAACGUGAGCAUUUCUCUCGUGCUCCUGCUCCUCAAUGUGGUCUUAGGACUCGGGACCCUGCACCCUUUGGGCUUCGUCUUCGCCGGCCGGGAGCCCCAGCUGGCCGGCCCCGUCAGGGGCUCGCCACCGGUACCGGACGACGGCGGAGACCCAGUGCUAGAGUUGGGACUGGACGGCGUCGCGGGGCUCGCGGCUCAGGCGGACGUCACCGUGGAGGACGAGAGCGGUUUGCCCGGUGAGGACAAGGGGUCCUGCGGGGAAGAACCCCAAGGAAGUGAGCCCGUGCCGAGGUCCCUGGUGAUCAUCAGCACCCUGGACGGGCGCAUCUCUGCGUUGGAUCCUCACAAUCACGGCCGGAAGCAGUGGGACCUGGACGUGGGCUCCGGGUGUCUGGUGUCAUCCAGUCUCAGCAAACCCGAGGUGUUCGGCAGCAAGAUGGUGAUCCCGUCUCUGGACGGUGCCCUGUUCCAGUGGAACCGUGACCGCGAGAGUAUGGAGGCUGUGCCUUUCAGUGUGGAGUCUCUGCUGGAGUCGUCGUACCGCAUCGGUGACGACACCGUCCUGGUGGGCGGCAAGGCGCUCACCACCUAUGGCCUGGGCGCCUACAGCGGCAAGCUCCGCUACAUCUGUUCCGCGGUGGGCUGCAGCCGCUGGGGCGCUGAAGAAACGGAGGGCGAAGACGUGCUCCUGCUUCAGAGGACCCAGAAGACUGUCCGAGCCAUCAGGCCUCGCUCGGGAAUCGAAAAGUGGAACUUCAGUGUGGGAAACUUUGAGCUGAAAUUCCUUCCCGAGGCGCAGUCAGCUUUCGACUUCUUGGAAGGGGAGGUGGCCAACGGCGACUCCAACUGGUGGGGGGCACGCCAGAGAAUUAUCGUGGAGGAUUCCAGGGAGCACGACCGCGACCUGGACCUGGUCAUCAAAGUGUCCGUCCCCGAUUGGAAGGUGAUGGCCUUCAGCGCCGCGCCUGACGGACACCUGGUUUGGGAACAUCAGUUCUGUACGCCUAUCGCCUCUGCCUGGCUGGUGGGCGCGGGCAAAGUCUCCCCGAUCAGCCUGUUUGACGACACGGCCUACGGCAAGCGGUCGGACACCGACGAGGAGGACGGCGACGUACGCGACAAUCCGGACCACCGAUCCAAAGACGCUUCGGCGUCCAGCGUUUACCUGGGGAUGUUCCAGGGCCAACUCUACCUCCAGUCCUCGGUGAGGAUGGCCGAAAAGUUCCCGUCGAAAGCCAUCGCGUCCGAGAAGGACAUGGUUCCGCUUCCCACUGUCAAGUGGAAGCCUCUCAUACAUUCCCCAUCACGAACCCCGGCCUUGGUCGGCUCCGACGAGUUCGACAAGUGCCUGAACAACGACAAGUUCUCGCACGACGAGUACAGUAACGGCGCCCUGUCGGUCCUGCAGUACCCCUACGACAACGGGUACUACUACCCAUACGGCAAGCGGUAUCGGCAGAAGCGGGACAGCGCAGUCAGCGUGAUCAAAAGGAGCGGGAUGCAACCAGAACGCGGCAGGAACAAAGACCCCGUGCUGCUGCUGCCCUGGUGGAAGGAGAUGCUGGGCACCAUCAUCUUCUGUAUCGCCGCCACCACCUACAUCGUGCGCAAGUUCUUCCACCCGUCGGCGCCGGUCGGCAUGAGGCAACGUAAGGAGUCGGAGACGCAGUGCCAGACCGACAAGAGCGACCUGGAGGUGGCAGAAUCUAAAGAGCCGGUUUCCGAAGAGACUCGCUCCACUAAAUACGUGUCCAGGUACCUGACGGACUUUGAGCCUGUGCAGUGCCUCGGCCGUGGGGGCUUCGGUGUGGUCUUCCAAGCGCGAAACAAAGUGGACGACUGCAACUACGCCAUCAAGAGGAUCAGACUGCCCGACAGGGAGUUGGCGCGCGAGAAGGUGAUGCGGGAGGUGAAGGCGCUUGCCAAGCUGGAGCAUCCCGGCAUCAUCCGCUACUUCAACGCCUGGCAGGAGAGCCCCCCCGAGGGCUGGCAGGAGGAGAUGGACCACAGGUGGCUGCAAGACAAUAGUGCCACCGAGUCACCCGUGAGUUUCGCCGAUCACGUGGAGGCGCUGUCCGUCAAAGUCCCCGUUUUGGAUCGGCUGUCGAGGGGAAGCGGCUCGGACGCCGGCGCUGGUGAGGUGUCCUCCCUCCUCCUUCCGGAAGGGGAGCCGGAAACCUCAGACGCGCCAGACUCCUCGGAUCCGAGCUGGCCGCGACGCCCCGGCGACUUCACCUCGUCCUCGUUCGACGUCGUCUUCGAGGACUCCGUUCGAGACCGGGACAUAGAGGAGCAAGACAGGGCUUCCGGUGUGGCCCAUACGGACCUGUCCGACGUUGGGGAGGACACUGGGGAUGGCGAUCGGUCAUCCCUGAGCACCCCGGAGGCGGAAAUCAGCCGGCCCGCCUCUUCCUCGCCUCCUCGGCCCAAUUGGCUGGCCCUGGCUCCGCCCGCGGCUGCUCCUGCCCAGCGGGCUCAACCUUCUCCAAAGGUGUAUCUGUACAUUCAAAUGCAGCUGUGCCGCAAGGAGAACCUGAAGGACUGGAUGGCUCGACGCCGACUCCCCGAGCAGAGGGAGCGCGAGCACUGUCUGGACAUUUUCCUCCAGAUCGCCGAAGCCGUCGACUUCCUGCACAGCAAGGGCCUCAUGCACAGGGACCUCAAGCCUUCCAACAUCUUCUUCACGGUGGACGACGUGGUGAAGGUGGGCGACCUUGGCCUGGUGACGGCCAUGGAGCACGAGGAGGACGAGCGCCAGCGCUCCGCCCUCACCCCAGCGCCACUCCUCACACGGCACACCGGGCAGGUCGGCACCAAACUCUACAUGAGCCCUGAGCAGCUCUCAGGACAAUCCUACUCGCACAAAGUGGACAUUUACUCCCUGGGCCUGAUCCUCUUCGAGCUGCUCCACCCCUUUAGGACGCAGAUGGAAAGAGUCAGGACGUUGACGGAGGUGCGGUCGUUGUGCUUCCCAGAGUCCUUCUCCAGAAACAACUCGCAUGAGCUGAGCAUGGUGCUGAGCAUGCUGUCGCCGAGCCCUGGCGAGCGUCCCGAGGCGGCAGCCAUCACCAGCCUGCCGCUCUUCCGGGAGCUACCGUGUCAGCAGGUCGCCGCGCGUCAGCGCCCACGUACGUACAGCGCAUCCUCCUCUUCGUCGACGUCCUCCUCUUCCGGCGGCGGAGUGGGAAGGACGGCCACCGGGCUCCCCUGCCCCAACUGACGCCGCAAUGUUUCCCCGUCUGUUUGCCGCGGAUCGCGAUUAGACGUCAGGUCUAUUUGAAGCGGGAGGAUCUUGAAUUCGAUUGGUUAACACACACACACAAAAGAAAAUGUACUCUUCUGAAUCACGGGUGUCCAACUUUAAGGCCCGGGAGCCCGAUCCGGCCCGCCGUGUCAUUUUGUGCGGCCCGCAAAAAGUAAAUCGUGUACAUUGGCUCUGCUAAAAUACAGAGAGAUACUAUUCACGUUUGGUUUGUGGUUUUCCCGGCGCGCUACACCUCAGGUACAACAGGAGAAGGAGAGAGGCCUUCAGCCACGUAUGCCUGAUUUGGAUACCCCAAAAAAAAAAAAAAAAACAGAA